AUGACAGUGUUGAAGAUCUUUGAACAUGUGAAGAUUGCCCUCAUACCAUUGUGUCUAGAAUUAGCUCUGAUCGUCUCUGGAUGGCCACCUACUGGGAGAUCACAAUACCACAGCCCCCCAGAAGUAGUGAUACCCUUGAGAGUCACAGGCACGUACAGAAAUAUGGGUGAUCCAGGGUGGAUCUCUUAUAGCCUACACUUUGGAGGUCAAAGACAUAUUAUCCACGUGAAGGCCAAGAAGAAAUUGGUAUCCAGAUCUUUCACUGUGUUCACCUACACUGAUCAGGGUGCUAUUCUGGAAGAGCAGCCUUUUGUCCAAAAUGACUGCUACUACCAUGGUUAUGUGGAAGGAGAUCCAAAAUCCAUGGUAACGCUUACUACUUGUCUAGGAAACAUUCAAGGAAUGCUGCAGACAAAUGGAAUCACUUAUGAAAUAAAGCCCAAAGUAGUUUCUGCCACCUUUGAACAUCUAGUGUAUAAGAUGGAUUGGGAGGACACAGAGUAUACACCCAUAGAAUGUAAACUAACAAAAGAUGAAAUAGAAGAACAAUUGAAAUUUCAAGAGCAUAGCAAUUCCACUCUAAUGCAAAGUUCUUAUACAGGAUGGUGGCUCCACCAAUGGUUUCUUGAACUAGCAGUUGUGGUAGAUCAUGGAAGAUUCAUUUUCAGGAACAGUAAUUCAUCAAUUGUGGAGAUGGAUGUAGUCAUGGGAGUAAGUUUAGUAGAUGAUAUUUAUCGCUCAGUUAAUCUUGAUGUGGUUCUAAUUGCAAUCGAAAUUUGGAACACAGGAAACCCCUAUACAGUUACUACCACAUACCACAUGAUGGAAAACUUCUGUAAAUGGAAGCAAUCCAGCUUCAAUAAACGUGUGGUUCAUGAUUCUGCACAUAUUAUUGUGAAGCAAGAUUUUUGUGUUAAUGAUCUUACUGCGUCAUAUCUUUCAGGAGUGUGUAAUAUUAAUUUGAAUUGUGGUUUAGAGUGCAUUAUGGAUGAUAGACUGGCUUCAUUUCGGACAUAUAUGACACAUGAGAUUGGUCAUAUAUUGGGGAUGAUGGAUGAUGAAGGAAAGUAUUGUACUUGUGGGAGGAACAUAUGCAUAAUGAACAAAAAGCUAGCACCCUCAGAUGCAUUCAGCAACUGUAGUUAUGAACAAUUCUUAAAGACUGCCUCUAGAAAGACUUGUUUACGCAAUCUCCCAAAUCCAGAGACUAUUAUUACAAAGAAGCGCUGUGGAAAUGGAGUGAUUGAAGAUGAAGAGGAAUGUGAUUGUGGUUCCUUAAAAUUGUGUGCCCAAGAUAUAUGUUGUUCAGAAAACUGCACUCUGGUGUCUGGGGCAGCAUGUGCUACAGGGCUUUGCUGCCAAAAGUGCAAGUUCAUGCCACGAGGCACAGUGUGUAGAGAACGUGACAAUGAAUGUGAUCUUCCAGAGUGGUGCAAUGGAACCUCUAGUGUAUGCCCAGAAGAUGUGUAUGUGGAGGAUGGGAUCCACUGUCUGGGCAGGAAUAUCUGCUUUCAAAAGCGAUGUCAUAGCCGUGAUGAACAGUGCAGAAAAAUCUUUGGUGAAGGAGCCAAGAAUGCAGAUAAGAAUUGCUAUAUAGCAAUGAACACCAGAGGAGAUCGCUUUGGUCACUGUGGAAUGAAAAAUGCUAAGUAUGUAAGAUGUAAAGAUCAAGAUGCUCUGUGUGGGAGAGUACAAUGUGAGAACGUGACAGAAGUUCCUCUUUUGCACAACCAUUCUACUGUGCAUUCAACGCACAUCAAUGGAUACAGCUGCUGGAGCACUGACUACCAUUUUGGGAUGAGUGUACCUGAUAUUGGUGAGGUGAAAGAUGGUUCAGAAUGUGGUUCAGACUUUAUGUGCUUAGAAAGGAAAUGUGUCAUUAUGCCACCAUGGGAAAAAUCUUGUAUGCCUACGUUCUGCAAUAAGAGAGGUAUAUGCAACAAUAAACAUCACUGCCACUGCAAUGGAGAUUGGGCCCCACCCAACUGCCUGUACAAGGGCUUUGGAGGCAGUAUUGAUAGUGGGCCUGCUCCCAUUAGACUAUCAUACCGUGUGAUUUUCAUUGUAAUGAUUGUUUGGAUUAUUAUUUUUGGUUCAUGUGCCAUCUUUUUACUAGGUCUUCUGUGUUUAGAGAAUAGAAGAUAUGAGCAAAGAAGGAGGGAAAAUGCAGCUUCAUCUUGGAAAAGAAAACAUACUAUUGAGAAGUCACCAAAAGAAGAAGAGGAAAUUACUGGAACAGAACUUAAGGAGCAAAAGCAAACUGAUGAGAACUUAUCUGAGGCGGAAGAGAAAGAGGCCAAAGCUGAGGAAGGAGCUGAAAGUCCAAAUGCUCUACAAUAG